AUGAGUCUUGCUCACCUUACAGAAUCGGCAGAGGCGUAUAUUUCCGAGUUCGCAUACAAACCCUGGGUUCCAAUGGCGCCUGAUUUCCUCCCAUCCACUCCUAGACUCUCCAGCAUCCAAGCGGUUGAUACGCCAUCGCCGGGUAAAUGGCGCCAUCCGCAUUUGAAGGAAAUCGUUCAGAGGCAAAAUGCGGCGAGAUUCGGUGACAAAAACGUACGCAAGAUUGUGUGGAACGGCAUAGUCUUGAUGGCAACGGGGAUUUUGGGGAAGACUUUGAGGCAAUAUAUCAUUGCAUUCGGUUCGCUUUUGGAUAUUGCAAUCUAUCCCAAUGCCGUACUCUUCAUAUUCCGCUUAUUCUUCCUUGCCAACAUCGCGACCGCUUUUUACCCACUUUUCCGGCCCAAGGACGAUAUUUCAGAUAUCCCGCUCACACCUUCACAGCGGACACUUCUUGGACUCGAGCCAAACAACACUCGUCCAGCGACAUCCGGAUCUACCUACGUAACCCCUCCGCGAUACCGAUUAUCCUCGAGCUCACGGAAAGCAAGUCCCUUGUCUCCUAGCAGUUCCCCGCUGUCGGGGAGAGGCAGCCCCAUGGGAAGUCAAGGCUUCGACGGUUCUCUAUAUUCCCCAUCCCCCAGCCCUUUGUUCCAGAGAACGGUUGCUGGUGGGAACAGAGACAUGAUGCGGCGGCACAGCUUUGGUUCCUCAUCGUCUCUGGGUCGGUCUUCAUUGCGGGAUUCCACCACGUCUCUGUGGACCCCCUCCUCUCCAAGCCCUAAUGGUGGCAAGAAUGGCAAUGUUCUUGCAAAUAAAUGGCUUUAUGAGAGGACGCGAGCUAUCUCUCCUGGUGGCAGUGUUUUUGGGCGAUAA